AGUGUAUAUGUUUAUUAUGUUAUUAUGUGUAAGAAAAUAGAUAUAAUAAAAUGAAGUCCCUGACGACGUCUGACUGUCUGUAUGAACGAGAUAAACUCAAAAACUGCCAAAUGGAUUUUUGUAUGCUUUUCACGAAUACCUAGGAAAUUAAACCUAACUCAUAACUUGAUUGAUUGAAAUACACACCUAUAUAACGAUUUUUCGUAAAUAGGUAGGUUGCAAGGUUGAGGUAAAUUGUAAAAAAACACGAAACCCUGCGUGGGUUCCACGUGGUUCAUCCGCAAGUAGUGUAGGUACAAAUGUUUUUAUUAGAAAAAUAGGCAAUCACUCAAAGUAUGAUCGAAUUACGAAGUUACAACACAAUAAAUGUUUAAUGAAUCUGGCAUGAACUUGGGCUCGAGACAAAAUCACUUUUCGACAAAACAAUUUAAAAAUAAACUAAUAGCUAUUUAAGAUACCUAAUGUUUAAAUGAUAUGGCUACAGGCUAAUCCUAAAAAAAAUACAAUAAAUCGUCAUAUUUUUAGACACUCUCUCGCUGUGAAUAUAGAUUAUUAUUUACAUAGGCGCAUAUACGGUGACCUUACCCAUAUCCACAAAGUUUAGCCUGUUUAAAGUAAACCUUUUUAUUUUUUUAAAGACACUAAUAAAAAAUGUGUGACAAGUUCUAAUCAUUAUAAAAAACAAAUUUGAGCUGAUGUAAAGGUCGUCUACAUCGCGAAAUUUAUUAUUUAUAACUGUUUUUAUAAAAAUAGGAUAUGUUUUACUUAAGUUUCCACGCAAAACAUAGGAUGAUUUAUAGGACCUUAUUUGUACGAUAUAGUACAUUUUACGGAACCGAUAGAGGUCUUAAGAAAUUGAAGUACAAUAAGUUGCAAGAGUGGGUUGGAAACAGGCUUAAGAACUUUGAGUUUGUAAGAAUACACGGACCUACCGCUGAAGAUGUAUGUUUUAAAUGUGAUAAAAGAUGUGGAUUUGUCAAAUAAGACAUGUUUAAUUACUGGCGCCAAUAGCGGCAUUGGGUUAGAAGUAACCAGGUGCCUGAAUGCACACGAUUGUAAACUGUUGAUGGCAUGUCGAAACUCGUAUGAAGCGAGCGUCGUAGCGAAAAAUGUGUGCGAAAAAAAAGAAAAUAUCAAGCUGUACGAACUGAAUCUCGCCUCUUUAGCAUCGGUUAAAAAAUGCUCCGAUAUGAUUCUUAAAAAUGAAAAAAAACUUGACAUAGUCAUCUUAAACGCAGCCACAUUUGGUUUACCAUGGACACUUACCGAAGAUGGCUUGGAAACGACAUUUCAAGUGAACUAUUUGGCGCAGUUUUUCCUUAUCAUGACUUUGGAGGGCAUCCUGGCACCGGACGCAAGAGUCGUUUUUACUGGUGCGGAAUCCCAUAGAAAUAUAAAAUGGCCAAUCGAGAAAAUGUUAUCACCAACUCUGGAAGAUAUUUCCCUGCCCAGGGAACAGUAUACGUCGAUAAAGGCUUACAAUAUAUCCAAGUUGUGCUGUUUACUCGCAAUGCACUAUUUAGGAUAUCGUUGGUUAAAUACUAAUAUCUCUGUGUUAACUGCACACCCUGGUACGUUUAUUAAAACAAGAUUAUCGCGAAACUGGUGGGUUUAUGAGAUGCUGUAUACUGCUAUGCUGCCCUUUUCCAAGAAUGUGAAACAAGGGGCUAGUACCGUUAUCUACAGUGCCAUCUCCCCAGAAUUAGCGGGACUCUCCGCCAUAUAUUUAAAAGAUUGCCGACGUUGCAACGAGAGCUCUAUGGCUAGAGAUACGCAACUAUCAUUUAAAUUACAAGAUUUAACACGUGACAUUAUUCGUGAUCGCGUCUUGGGUUACGAUUAUAGUAUGGUUAAACCAGAGGUUAUACAGAAAGAUAUUGGAAAGGAUCCCGUUGAGGAAACUUUUGCGUCUCAUUACACAGGCUAAUCUUAGAUUGUUUUUUGUUGAAAAAUAAAGACAUAUGAGUUA